AAUCACUUCAAAACAAGCGCUGCUGGCAGGAUGCUGGUCUCCCUGCUCUUCCCCCCGGCGAGCUGGCCCGUGCGACGCCUCGGCCGUGACUUGCAGCGGUGCCGGUGGUGGCUGCGUGGGCGGAAGGGGGCUGCCUGUCCCCACCGGGGCCUGCGAACCUCACGGGCAGCCAGCAGCCGUGACGCAGCCCCCGUUUUCACUAGGGCUUUGAAUUUUGGUGAUAAAAUCGCCAUCGUUGACCAACACGGUGAGCACACUUACAGGGACCUUUUCCGCCAGAGCCUGCGCCUGUCGCAGGAGAUCUGUAGGCUCCUGGGGUGCUCCAGCAGAGACCUGAAGGAGGAGAGGAUCUCAUUUCUGUGCCCCAAUGAUGCCUCGUACGUGGUUGCCCAGUGGGCUUCCUGGAUGAGCGGAGGCAUAGCGGUGCCCCUUUACAAGAAGCACCCCGUGCAGGAGCUGGAGUACGUGAUCCAGGAUUCGCAGAGCGCGCUAGUCGUCGCAGCAGAGGAAUACGUGGGGAAAAUAGCCCCCAGUGCUGAGAAGCUGGGAGUCCCGGUUCUGCCGCUUCCCAAGUCUGGUGGCGAUGGAUCUGCAAGUCACGCAGCGGUGGAAGACGUGCCCUUGGCGUCCUGUGCCUCGUGGAAAGACAGGGGAGCCAUGAUAAUCUACACAAGUGGGACCACGGGAAGACCGAAAGGGGUCCUCAGCACCCAUGAGAACGUGCAGGCCGUGACCACGGGGCUGGUUGAAAAAUGGGAGUGGAAGAAGGAGGAUGUUAUUCUGCACGUGCUGCCUUUACAUCAUGUCCACGGGGUGAUCAAUAAGCUGCUCUGUCCUCUCUGGGUGGGAGCGACAUGCAUCAUGUUACCCGAGUUCAGCGCACAGAUGGUUUGGAAGAAGUUCCUAAGCUCCCAAGCUCCCCGUGUCAACGUCUUCAUGGCAGUGCCCACCGUCUAUGCAAAGCUGAUAGAAUAUUACGACAAGCAUUUCUCUCAGCCACAGGUCCAGGACUUUGUGCGUGCCUUUUGCCAGGAGAAUAUCAGGUUGAUGGUAUCGGGCUCUGCAGCCCUGCCUGUGCCUGUCCUGGAGAAGUGGAAGAGCAUCACUGGGCACACGCUGCUGGAGAGGUAUGGGAUGACGGAGAUUGGGAUGGCGCUUUCUAACCCUUUGCAUGGAGUCCGUGUCCCAGGUUCUGUGGGGACCCCGCUGCCAGGGGUGGAGGUGUGCAUUGCCACCGAGACUUUGAGGAGUGGUGGUCGCUCCUACACCGUUCAUGCUCAGGGAGAUGAAGACGGCACACAGGUGACUCCGGGUUUUGAAGGCCAAGAAGGGGAGCUGCUCGUCAGGGGGCCCUCGGUGUUCCGCGAGUACUGGAACAGACCCCAGGAAACAAAAGACGCUUUCACACCCGACGGCUGGUUCAAAACAGGGACGGGAACACCUCUGGUGUUUGAUUCCUUCAGAUCAAAUUUCACCAGAUUUCACCAGAAGAUAGUAUCCUAGUAGUAACAAUACGUAUUGCAGUGCACCUUGGUAGAUUUUAUCAAAUGUUUGCAAACAGAAAAAAAAAAUCCUGUUAUGAUCAAGCUCUGCUGGCAGCGGGUGUAGCCCCGACUGCCCUACCUGCAGCAGCCAUGGCUGGGGCGGCAAGGCCUCAGAAAAGAACUAAGGCUGAUCCUGUCCGUAAUGUGGGAUAACAAAUUCAAGAGGAUACUGUGCUGAAGGCUUUUCCCAAGCGGAACAGACGUGACAGACCAUGAAUAAGUGAUGUGCUUUGAACUACGCCUCCCGCUCUGUGCACAGCGCGCCGCAUGCAGCGCUAGAGCUUGGCCUCCUCGGGCAGAGGUUCCCGUCCCCCGGGACAGCUCUGCGUUUCGGAUUAAAUUAUAAACUAGCCCCGUGCCCACAGCAAGCGUGGCGGUGCCCUGAGGUGUCUCUGCAGGCUCUGGUCCCGGCGUUUGAGCAGUCGGUUCGUAUCUCUGGCCACCCUUCUUCCUGCUGCCUCUGCCACCGGCCACGAGCGGUUUGGACGCUGGGAUAAACGCCCGCAGCGCGUCUGUCUGGCGGUGCUGAUCCCAACCGUCCCCUAAUCUCGGGAGUGCAGGAGGGUGGGAUGCCUGAUGAUGGCCCAGCCUUCGCGUACAAGCAGCCCUGCCUUUCCCAUUCCCCUUUUACCCCGCGUUAGCAGUGCCAUCAAGCCGGGAGCACCAGACUGGAUUUCUGAUGCCCGCUUUGUAAUCGUAUUUAUGGACGACUCGUGACAACGCCGUGAUUUAUUAUCACUGCUGCUCUGAACCAGACCCGGGGCUGCCCUGCCAGGGUUGUCACCACAGGUCCCGAUCCUGGGCCAGGGCCACAUUUGGUGCUGGAGCAGGGGCAGACAGCGCCGGGUGCAGGGCAAUCAGCUCUAAAAAUUUUUGUAGUCAACACUCCUGAUGAAUAUUUCAGAUGCAAAGGAAUAGCAUGCAUUAAUUAUUGCAAAGAGAUGUCUUUAGGAGAAAAUGAUUUUGAAAUUCAGUUUAAUUUCAUUGUAAUGCGCUGCAAACAGGAAGGGAGUAUGUGUGUUUAAUUGGCUCUCGGGGGUAAGGCCUGGAAGAUGGCAUGCCUUUGUCACAGGCCAUUAGUGAUACAGACUGCAUAAUGAGAGAGUACAAUCAGCUCACAGCUGCCGGCUCCUACGGGGAGAGAAUGAUAUUAAAUAGAAAUCAGUAUAAAUUAAACUUAACCCUUUCGCUCGCCGAGCGGAGCCGCAGAGCUGGGGAUAAAGAGGGGAGCGGAGGCACUCGCCUGGGGCUGGGGACAGGUCGGAGGGUGCUGAGGACACACCGCACAGGCAGCCUCUGGUACCCCGGUAGCAGCCUCAGGAGGAGGACAGCCUCUUCAUUCUCUUCCCCACCCCAUUCCCCUCUCUUUGCCUUUCUUUUUUUUUUUUUUUUUUCCCCUCUCCUGACUGCUUGCUCCGUCUUUGCUCACUGCCAGGCCGACAGGGCUGCUUUAUUCCAAGAAAAAAAAGCUGGUGGUGCUGAGUGAGACCCGUCAGCUCGCCCUGCCUGCCCCCAGCGCUGCUGGCAGCCUUCAGGGAUGUGUGCUGCCUCUCCCUCGGGGGUCUCACACGUGUGUGGUGGUGAGAAGCCACCUCACACAACCACAGAGGCUGCGGUGUGCAAUAACCAGCUGGUGCUGCCCGGGACCCGGGGGGUGAAUUAGCCCACAUUAAGCAGAGGUGGUUAAUUUUGGAGAGGAGACCAAGCUGGCAGGUUGCUGCACUCCCCAAGGACAGAGGUGCACGUGCUCAGCUGCGGCAGGAAUGAGAUUUGGAGAGAGCGAACUUGGAGGCAGCGUGGAUAACUCCCCGGCUGUAAUUUAGCACUCUGCUGAUUGCUAAUGGCACUCCGAAAAAACAGCGGGUCAGCAAAUGAAGAGUAAUUACCGCAAGGGAACCACGAGCGCUGCUCGUGCUGCGCCUCGUGGUGCCUGUGUCACCAGAAAGGCUGGUGGCUGCUGUGGCACUGCGCGGAGACAGGGCACAAGGGCAGGGUGCCCGGCGGCUGGGAAGGUCCAGGGCCAUACGCGGGGCACGUAUUACUGCUUUUCCUGAGCGUAGGCAGCCUGGGGCUCUACCUGGGCAUUUGCGCUCAGAGUUUGCACACACAGAGCCAAGAAAGCGUCACCGGAGCUCGUUCCCUCCUUUGCCUUUGUGAUUUGAGUUCACCCAGGAGCCCUGAAGCCCGGGUUGCAGCAGAAGGCCUGGUUCUGACACCGCGCAGUGCUGCAGGAGGCUCUCAAACCAGCUGCCUCUGUGCGCACAGCACGCAUCCUGCACGCCCUUGCUCUCAGGUGCCCUGCUUGCUGCAGCCUGCAAGGGGGCUGAAAUUCCACUGCAAAACCAGGCCUGCAGCCCCUCGAGUCUCCCACCCGAAACCUCCCCCCCCGCGGAAGAUUUGCACGGCAGGGCCACGACUCAGCUGGCAGGUCCUGGUCCCCAGCCAAGUCCUCGUGCCGGGGAGGGCAGCCGAGGGCACGUUGUGUCACUGCUGGGUGCCCCCCUUCUGCGGGCAGCGACCUGCCUCCCCCAUCGCCUCUUCCUCCCCUUCCAGGCGUGCUCCUGCAGUGACAGGUCAUGCUCAAAACUUGCGAACCACCUGAAAUGUUGUUCCAUCAGGUCAUUUUCCAGGCUGCCUUCUGCAGUUUCAGACUCACAAAGGGAUCUUUCAUUUUUAAGUCCUCUCUGGCUGCAGACCAUCUAUUUCCCGGUACUUUCCUCAGGCCAGUUCUGUUUCUGGUUGCAGUUUCUGUAAAUCAAGCUAUCGUGUGUUAUUUCAGAAAAUAUAUGAACCAAAAUAAAAAACAGGAGAGCCA